AAUGAGUUAACGGUAAAGUGUCGAUAUCUGUUCGAUGUAAUUUAGAUGUGUCGUAUAUCAUGCGCUGUUACCCGUUGUAAACCGUUUAAACGUGUUUUAAACGUUAUUAUAAUGGAGAGAGCAAGCAGAUGCAAAAGAAUUGUUUCUAAAAGCAUUCCCGAUACAAGUAUCGCAGAAAUAAAAGACAAACUGAAGCAACAGGGGAUCUUCAUAGUCUUCUCCGAUCAUGUAAAUUGGGACGGAACAUCCGAGACGGCAGAUAACGAAAUGGAGAGAGCGAUGGGAUUCGGUGCAAGAAUCAUAAUCAUAGAACCGCCUGAUAUUGGCGAAAUGGCAUCGGUUUGGAUUGUUUUUGGAAAUUUCUUGCAUAAAUUGAUAAUAAUAUCCGGUUUAAGUACCCUCGCAACGGCAUACUAUUGGCCGGAGAAGCCAUUUUUAUACGGUUCGCUCGGUACCUUCACCUUCCUAUGUUCCUCGAUAUAUGGAUUUGCUUGGCAAUUUGAUCCUUGCAGCAAAUACAAAGUAGAGAAAGAUCCCGUCAAUAGAUCGAACCUACCGCUUCACUACGUGUCAACGAGAUGCCCAACCGUUUUAAUUAAAGAAGCCUCCUACUGGAAAACAUUUUGUAGGAUUGUUGUACCGGUUUCUGCAAUUGGUUUGUGCGCUUGGAAUCUCUAUAAAUUGCAUGAAAGUGGCAAUUUCGUAAUAGCUGCCGAAAAAUGCUAAUUUUUCUUUUUUACAAAUUUUUAAAAUGUUAUGGCUACGAUGACAAUAUAAAUUAUUAAUUAGUCUCGUCCCAAAUUUUUUAAUCAUACAAAAGAAUAAAAUUGUUUUCAGUAUUUCUCCUUAAUAUGUUUAUGGUUUAUAUAAAACGUUUCUAUUGAUCGAUUUGUAUACAAUUAAGUAAUAUUCGUCCAGUUAAAAUUUAAAAAAAUUGCAAAUAUUUUAAAGUUACAACUCUCCAUCCUUUGGAUGUUGGUUUACUUUAAUGGGCUACGACAAUGCAACACUGGGUGAUCUGCCACAGACGGUGCCUGCUGUGAAGAAUGUCUUAUCCCUAUUUAAUUAAAUGACUAUAAAUGGCAAAGACAAUUUAUAUUAUACAGACAUUUACAUUUUAGUUAAGCCUGUAUUCUGGUAAAAUUUCACCACAUAGUAGUGGUUAACUGUUUAAAGAAGCAGUACAUAUCAAACUAAAUAUUAAAAUUGCACAUUUUUUAUUAUUAAUAAUAAUGUCUUUAAUAGUUAUAGUGAAUACCGAAAAGAAACAAAAUGUACCCGAUUCAUAGUGUAAACAUAUAUAAAUUAUAAGAGCAAAACAUAAUUAUAAAAAUUUAGUAUUUUGUAGUAAAACAAUCGCACGAGAAAUGAAAACUCUAUAAAACCAAUUAUUAAACUGAAGACCGGGGAUCACAAGGGUCCUGGAGUCAACGUAAGGGUCAAAAACCUCAAAAAAUAAAGAAAUAUGUACAUUAAAAUUUAAAAUACUAAUCGUGUUAAACAAUAUUUCAUUUACUUAGUAAUAAAUAAAUAUUAAAUGAAUCCACUGUAACCGAUAAAGAAAACAUAACUCAGAAAUAACGCGUUUAACUUUUACAUAAAUAUUUUGUAGUAACCA